UUCUCAGACUUUCUGUCCUGUGCACAGCACGGUCCCCUCAUUUAUGGACUUAGUUGUAUGUUGCAGACUGUCACUCUCUGUUGCCCAAGUGCCUUAGUGUGGAAUUAUUCCACAAACGACAGUAAGAGCGUGAACCCAGGCUCACCCCUGGAUCUACUGCAGGUGGCGCCCUCCAGCCUCCCCAUGCCAGGCGGGAACACGGCCUUCAAUCAGCAGGUUCGGGCAAGGAUUUAUGAGGUAGAACAGCAGAUAAAACAGAGAGGCCGUGCAGUGGAAGUUCGGUGGUCUUUUGACAAGUGCCAAGAGUCAACAGCAGGGGUCACCAUUAGCCGGGUUUUGCACACAUUGGAAGUGUUGGAUCGACACUGUUUUGACCGAACUGAUUCUAGCAAUUCAUUGAGACGCUUUAUCAUAAGAUUUUCUGGCCGCACCAAAAUAAAGAUAACCAAGAGGUUGCCCCCAGUGAUGAAGCUGUGGUGACAUUAUUGUGUGAAUGGGCUGUGAGCUGUAAACGGUCCGGCAAGCACAGGGCGAUGGCAGUGGCGAAACUCUUGGAGAAGAGGCAAGCGGAAAUCGAGGCCGAGAGAUGUGGGGAGUCAGAGGUCUUAGAUGAGAAGGAGUCCAUUUCUUCUGCGUCUCUUGCUGGAUCUAGUUUGCCUGUUUUCCAGAAUGUUCUGCUAAGGUUUUUAGAUACACAGGCCCCCUCAUUGUCGGAUCCAAACAGUGAAUGUGAGAAGGCGGAGUUUGUGAACCUGGUGCUGCUCUUCUGCGAGUUCAUCCGGCACGAUGUCUUCUCUCACGACGCUUACAUGUGCACCCUCAUCUCCCGGGGAGACCUGUCCGUCACCUCCUCCACUCGGCCACGGUCGCCUUCGGGAGAAAAUGCAGAUGAGCACUACCCCAAGGAUCAUGACAUGAAGAUGGAGAUUUUUUCUCCUAUGCCUGGAGAGUCCUGUGAGAUCAUCAACCCUUCCUUGGGCAGAAGAAUGUCAGUUAAUGGUGAGAAGCUGCUGAAGAGAGAAAAACCAAGAGAGUUGAUUUUUCCAUCUAAUUAUGACCUCCUGCGACACCUGCAGUAUGCAACACAUUUUCCCAUACCUCUGUUGUUUUGCACUUGUUGUUCAGUAAGGGAAGAAGUUGCAGCAUAA